UUUCUUAUUUUAUUUAAUUUAAUUUUUUUAUAUUUACCUUCACAUUUCUCACUCCACCGCCGUUCUCUCCAAUUUCUCUCCGCCGACAGCUCUGCUUCUUCUCUUCCGAUCUCUGUUCCCAAAGUGGAUUCGAAAAUUGAAGCUAAAGGUAGCAGAUCCCUCGACGGAACACUAAUCUCUCUCUUUCUCUCUCUCUUCUUUCAUCACUCUUACCCAUGUUCGCCUUCAAAGAGAAAGUUACGGAGAGCCUUUCCCGUCUUUUAGCCGAUUCCCCAGAUUCCGCUUCUCAUUCCUUAACUUCACUUGACGACGAUCCUUCUCCCGUCAGGUCAUUCUCUAAAGGAGGAAAGGCUUUGUCUUCCUACUUUUCCUAUAUCAUCCCAUUUGCAGGCUUUGAAGGACCCAAAUCAGGCCAACCCCAGAACCAUUACAGGCCACAACAGCCUCGCCCUGUGCCAUAUGAUCCUGUCAAUUUUGAUCCUCUAGAACCUUUGGACGACGAGUAUAGCACAGCUUGUGGAACUAAGGGAACCUCAAUUUUUGAGGUAGAAAAUAAGGAAUGCAGUCGAGACGAUGAGGAAGAUUUUGAUGACUCUUUCUCCAGAAGGAGUACUAAUAGUUCUGAAGUAUUAGAAGACGUAGCUCGCCGACCUAGUCUGGAGAAGUCUGUGCAAAAUUCUUCGGUUGAUUCUGUUCUAAUGUCCAUUGACACCUAUGAUUUCCUGGUACAAUGUCUUCCUAACAUUGUGAAAGGGCGCCAAUGGAUCUUGCUAUAUAGUACAUUGAGACAUGGCAUAUCUCUCCGAACGCUCAUCCGCAAGAGUAGUGAACUCUCUGGUCCUUGUUUGCUGGUUGUUGGCGAUCGACAAGGUGCCGUGUUUGGUGGUCUUCUAGAAUCUCCAUUGAAGCCUACUGCUAAGAGAAAAUAUCAAGGAACAAAUCAAACUUUCGUCUUUACCACCAUGUAUGGUGAACCACAGCUCUUCAGACCAACUGGAGCGAACCGCUAUUUCUUCAUGUGUAUGGAUGAUUUACUAGCACUUGGUGGUGGCAGUAACUUCGCAUUACGUCUCGAAGAAGAUCUGUUGAAUGGAACCAGUGGACCAUGUGAGACGUUUGGUAACUCGUGCUUAGCGCACAGCCAGGAGUUUGAGUUGAAGAAUGUUGAGCUAUGGGGUUUUGCUCAUGCUUCGCAGUAUCUUUCAUGACAAGGAUGGGAUGGGAUGGGAUGUGUUUGCAGUUUGUGUGUAAUGUUUGAGUUAUUGGCUAUAAACAGUAUUUUUCCUUCUCCAAUAUUCUUUUUUUCCAUUUUUCAAUUUCAAAUGUCUGUAGUUUUUUACUUUGUAAGAAGCACAUUGGUUCUGGAAAAUUAAUGUCUUACUCUGUGGCAGUUCCUACAUACAAUUUCAGUGUAGGAUUGUAAGGGAUUCAUAUUUAUAA